AAAUGCCAUCGAUACAAAAGCAGCGUCGCAUCUUCGAUGCGACCGUCAAUGGAGGUUUGUCAAUAAUCAUGGAUAGCAGGUCUAGAAAAACCGGCAAUAUGGCUCUCUGAACUUGGCAUAUGUUGAGUCGGUGUACAAUUUCGUUCUUAGGAAGUGUUGAUGUUCACUUAUUUCGGCAUUCGUCAAAAUAUUAAGACCAACUUCGACUACAAUUAAAUAAACAUGGGGACCGACAACUAGGCCGGUCCUUCUGUUUGAAAAGCUGAACAUUUUCGAAGAGAAGUGCUCAAGCAAAGCGGUUUAUUUUUUUUCGUUACACUUAAAUGUAGCAAUACAUCUGAUGCGACAGAGUAAAUUUCGGAAUAAUACUAUUCAGCUAUUGAAAAAAUAGGUAUCUUUGGGCACGUCCUGACGGCAAAUGAUUGAAGCGCUUUUUAGACCCAUUGAACUAUUGCAGCAGGCAGUGUCUAGUUUAGGAAGGAUAAAUGCAUUCGUUUCUAAGUUGAAGGUUCAGUAUGCUGGCUUGUGUAGCAUUUCAAUGUAUAUGAUCUAAAAGGAACAAACGCUUGACAAAAAUCUUAUUAUAACCAUUGAGCUAUACAGUUUAAGGUUGUUAACAAGUUACAGUUUUCGUUUUUAGGUUAGGAAUUUUUUUCUAACAUAGUCGUCUUCCGUGAGCCAGCUUGCCUACGCGUCGACUCUGCCAUACCGUCGAUUUUUUUUUAUUCAUUUCUUAUUUGUGGUUAAAAUUAUAUCUAGAUUCAAUAUGCAUUUAUUUUCAGUGAUGUUAUUUUACAUUUGGAUGAUAAAUAAAAGGAUUGUAUAACUGAAGACUUGCACUAUAAGUAUUAUUAUAAAUAUAGAACACAAAAGUGCGCAAAACCAUUCAUGUGUUCGGGGAAGGCAUGCCUACCGUUCAGUUCGUAUGUCUAACGUGUUUAAAUAAAUACGAAAAGUUUGUAAUUAGAAUUUAACCUGACGUUUCUUUUUCUGUCUGAAGAUUUCAAACUGUUUUAUAAUAAGGAGUAAUCUGUAUUGUGAUAGGCGACAUUAUUACUCCUGCUGUAACCUAUUCGCCUAUGUGGGCUGAUGAGUUCGCAUUACGAUCCUCCGUCGUGGGCCGGAAAGCCUCCAUUGGGUCUUCACCUCGAUGUCACCAAGGAGGACAAAUUUUUGCAAAAACUUAUGAUCGAUCAAAAAAAGUGCUAUCUUUUUGGGAGAAACGCGGAUAUUUGUGAUUUCCCAGUGGAACACCAAAGUUGUUCACGAGUUCAUGCUGCGCUAGUGUAUCACCGACAUCUUGAGCGAGCAUUUCUAGUUGAUUUGGGCAGUACCCAUGGGACCUUUAUAGGUAGCAUUCGAUUGGAGUCUCAGAAACCGACGCAACUUCCUGUUGAUGCAAAAUUCCAUUUCGGUGCUUCAACCCGGAUAUAUGUCCUCAGGGAACGUCCACAAAAUAAAGAAGAGGAAGGUAUCAGCGUCGAGCUACCGGAAUCAGAAUUGGAGCUUGACAACCUGACAGAGUACAAUACAGCUCACAAUCGUCGUGUAACGAUGCUGGGUAUCACAGAUGAUACGAGCCACAAGCCUCGGCGGGCCUCCCAUCGAAAGCGAGUGAAUUUCCGGAAUGAGGAGGAUGUCAUUAAUCCAGAGGAUAUUGAUCCCUCCGUGGGGCGCUUCAGGAAUCUCGUACAUACUCAGGUGAUUCCGACAAAACGGCCUCGUCUUGUAGAUGAUGGUUCAGGCGGAGGAGCGGAGAGGGCUGGUGGAUCGGACGCGGUCGGAAGCAGUGUUGGCUCCAAAGAGGCCAGUAGUGUCGGUAACCAGCAAAGGCUACAAAGCAGCUCUCUGUUUGCAUUGCCUCUCCUUAGCUCGAAACUUGGGCUCCAAUUACCAAACCCUGCACCUGACAUUUAUGCUGAUCUCGAACCUCCUCAAGAAGAAGCAGCGUCGAAUUCUCAAGCAGGUGAUGGCACGUCUGGUGGUGCGAUUUAUCCGCGACCGGUAGUGAAGGCCGUUAAGACUGGCGCUUUGUUAGGAACGUUACAGGACUUUGCAGGCCCUUCGCCUCUCGACGCGCCACAAAAAAAGCGUUAUCCAAAAGAAGCAUGGAGUGGAAAAAAAUCCAAUUCAAUCGGAGGACUUUUCUAAAAAUAGCCCUAUAUAUAUAUAUAUAUAAGCUCUGUAUAUUAUCAAAAUAGAAGAUUGGAAGGACCCCAGGUUCUAGAAGUAUAUUUCACCACCAUUAAAGGUAUGUCUCAUAUCUGAACUGUCUGGUCCUACCUAAGAUUUGUACUAUAGUCCGCUGAUAAAUA